AUGAUACCGUUGGAAACAAUUGAGCCGAGUCAAGUUUCUAAAAAAUGGCAGACACUCGGUUCACAAGACCCCAUCCGCCACAGUCACAUCCACGUUCUUUCGGGAUUGACACCUGAUACCCAAUCUCUCUCCCUCUCUCGAGCCAGGGCGGUCAUUCUAGUGAUCACGCUCACUGGGAUUACUUUCGUCGGUAGUAUGAGUGGUGGCCUCUUGACUGUUUGUCUGCCUGGGAUCGCGGCGGACUUGAAUCUACCUGACAAUCUUCUCCUCUGCGUGGCGGAGACUGGUAUCCAGUUGAUUCUGUUCCGCGCGUUUCAAGGAAUCGCAACUUCGAUGUGUCUUCCAACGGCAUUCAGCAUCAUGACAGAUAGCAUGCCCGCAGGCAAGCGUCGUAACAUUGGAUUCUCGUGUCUUGGGCUUGGCCAGCCACUUGGCUUCUCUGUUGGCCUUCUUUUGGGCGGGGUUUUCCAGGACUCUGCCCUUGGUUGGAGAUUUGGCUACUAUCUCUGUGCUGGGGCGACUUCCAUUUUGACCGUUGUCAACUACUUCAAACUACCCAAAGAUCGACCCCGAGCUGCUUUCUCAUUUUGCAGAUUUCAAACCGAGAUCGAUUGGGUAGGGAUCAUUAUUUCGAGUGCCUGCUUGGGCAUAAUAUCUUAUCUUUUCGCCAACAUUACAAAUGACCCGUCCACCAUCAAAAAUGCCGGAAAUAUAACUCUUCUUUGUGUUGCUCUUGCCCUGAUACCUGCUUUCUGGUGCUGGAUGCAAUGGCGCGAAAGAUCUGGAAGACCAGCAUUGAUCCCAAACUCCUUGUGGAACAACACCGCAUUCGCGAGUAUAUGUGUUAUGGUUCUACUCUCCUGGGCUGUCUUGAAUGGAAUGGAGACAAUCAUGAGUCUUUUCUUCCAGGAAGUCCAGCGGCUUUCUGCGAUCCAAGCAGCUCUUCGGUUCUUACCGAACGUUAUCAUCGGGAUAGUCAUCAAUCUUGGAACUGGACUAUUGAUUCAUCGCCUUCGUGCUAAUUACCUUGUGAUCAUCACUUCAGCUUUCUCCGCAAUUUCUCCUCUCCUUAUGGCUCUAAUCGACCCAGAUUGGUCAUGGUGGUACUGUGUCUUCUGGGCUAUGCUUUUAGGACCUUUAUCAGCAGAUGCCAUAUUUACCGUCGCAAAUUUGAUUAUUGCGGACUCCUUUUCGCCUGAGACACAGGGACUUGCGGGUGCCGUAUUCAACACCAUCGCUCAAUUUGGAACAUCUAUUGGACUCACCAUCUUCGCUAUUAUCUCGGCGAGUGUUACCGAUGGCUCUUCUUACAGGAACAAGAGUUCGUCAGAAGCUCUCAUGGCUGGAUAUCGCGCCGUCUUCUGGGCCUGUUUCGGACUCUUAUUAGUUGCUAUAGGCGUCAGUGUGUGCGGGCUACGUCAUGUGGGAAAGGUUGGUCUUAAGCGGGAAUAA